CCCCUUUCCCCACGUCGUUGUCGCGCGCAUCAUUGCCGGGAUAAAGGAGGAGCGCGCGCGCGGCAGACGGACUGAUUUCUCACCUGUGGAUCGCGCGCGUGCUGGAUGCUUCUUGCGCAGGUGAUGUGUUCAGGCUGUCAUGAUGAAGACAGAACGAUACUCUACUGUCCCCAGCAAAGAUGCACAUGUGGACAUCAUUAGCAUCAAAGGCACUGAAGACAUUGGCUACAUGCAGCACGACAUCAUACUGCUAAAUUCUCUGACUCCAGAUGAGAGCUCGCGCUGUCGUUCCGGUCUGUAUUUCCUUGAUGGAGAGCGGCGCGUGGAUUACGUCCUCACCUACCAGAUUAAAAAACCGGGCAGUUCGCGCCGCCACUCGUCCCGGCUCACAGACAACGUGCUCACGCGCAGCCUGCGUCGGGCACGCAGCCCUGAACCAGGCGUCACCGACCACCAUGACGACGACAAGCGAUUCCGGCGCGAGGAGUUCGAGACCAACCUGCGGGAAAUGGGGCUCGAGCUGGAGAGGGACGAGGAUACUAAAACCCCUGGUGUGGGCUUUGUGAAGAUCCAUGCUCCAUGGCAUGUUCUUUGCCGAGAAGCAGAGUUCAUGAAGCUCAAGAUGCCGACGAAAAAAGUGUAUGAGGUGAAGAAAAGUGGAAGCGUUAUGGAGAAAAUCAACACGUUCAUUUAUAAAGUGACGGAUCCUCUGCACCCGAACGUAGAGGAGACCCGGAUAGAGAAGGUGAAGCGCCUUUCGUACCCAUUCUCCAGAGAGAAACAGCACCUGUUUGAUAUGUUGGACAGGGAUUUGUUUUUUGACAGCAAGACAAGAAGUUCAAUCGUGUUUGAGGUUUUAAAAAGGACAAAAUGCACAAAGUCGAAGUUCAGUACAGGAAUAACAAGUCUAUUGGGCAGCGGUGCAUAUCUGGCUGCAUAUCCACUGCACGAUGGUGAGAUAGAGGGAGAAAAUGCACAACCAAAUGACAGGAAACUGCUCUAUGAAGAAUGGGCAAGUUAUAGUGUUUUUUAUAAAUAUCAACCCAUUGGCCUGAUCAGAAAGUACUUUGGGGAAAAGAUCGGUCUGUACUUUGCCUGGCUGGGAGUUUACACUCAAAUGCUGAUCCCUGCGUCUCUGGUGGGAGUCUUUGUGUUUCUGUAUGGCUGCGUUACCGUUGAUGAUGACAUCCCCAGUAUGGAGAUCUGUGAUGGCAGGAGAAACAUCACCAUGUGUCCUCUAUGUGAUGGAGUUUGUGGCUUCUGGAAUCUGAGCACAGCGUGUGGAACAGCGAGAGCUAGUCACCUGUUCGACAAUCCAGCCACUGUCUUCUUCUCCAUCUUCAUGGCCCUAUGGGCGGCUUUCUUCAUGGAGCAUUGGAAGCGGAGGCAGAUGCGUUUAAACUAUGAAUGGGACCUGACAGGAUUUGAGGAGGAGGAGGAAGCACAGAAGGAUCACCCGAGAGCUGAGUAUGAGUUCAGAGUUGUGCAGAAAUCAAUCAAGAAAGAACAGAACAAGUCCAAAAAGACAGAGAAAGAGAAGUUGACAUGUAAAGACAGAUGUCCUGCUUAUAUGACAAACUUGGUGAUGAUGCUUUUAAUGAUCGGUGUGACAUUUGCGAUCGUCUUUGGUGUGAUUUUGUACCGUAUUUCCACCACAUGGGCACUGCACAUGAGCUCAAACCCAACGACACGCUCCAACGUUCGUCUCACUGUUAAAGCCACAGCAGCCAUCAUCAACCUAGUGGUCAUUCUCAUCCUGGAUGAGGUGUAUGGUGCUGUAGCUCACUGGCUAACUACACUUGAAGUGCCAAAAACAGACAAAAGCUUUGAGGAACGUCUGAUCUUCAAAACAUUUAUCCUGAAGUUUUUUAAUGCAUUUACUCCUAUUAUAUACAUCGCCUUCUUCAGAGGGAGGCUUGUUGGUCGUCCUGGCAGCUAUAUUUAUGUCUUUCAGUCUUACCGCAUGGAGGAGUGUGCGCAUGGUGGUUGUCUGAUGGAGCUCUGCAUACAGCUUAGUAUUACCAUGUUGGGAAAACAACUAAUUCAAAACAACCUGUUUGAGAUCGGCAUUCCUAAACUGAAGAAGCUGAUUCGUUACAUUAAGUCUAAACGCAGUGCGUUUCAGGAGGAGGAGCGAGAGAAAACCCUGCAGCACUACGAGACCGACUUUUUCCUUGAACCUUUUUCAGGCCUCACACCAGAGUACAUGGAGAUGAUUAUCCAAUUUGGUUUUGUGACGCUGUUUGUGGCAUCAUUUCCGUUGGCACCACUUUUUGCUCUGCUCAACAACAUUAUUGAAAUACGUCUUGAUGCGAAAAAGUUUGUAGCAGAGAUCCGGAGGCCUGUGGCAGCGCGAGCAAAAGACAUUGGUAUCUGGUACAACAUUCUCCGAGGUGUCGCAAAAAUUGCAGUUAUUGUCAAUGCCUUUGUCAUCUCCUUCACCUCUGACUUCAUCCCUCGCCUGGUGUAUCUGUACAUGUACAGUACUGAUGGCUCCAUGCAUGGCUUUGUUAAUCACACACUCUCACACUUUAAUGUCAGUCACUUCCAGAACGGUACAGGACCUGUCAGCUCGCUCUAUGCUGGCUCUCAAGUGGAAAUCUGCAGGUAUAAAGACUACAGAGAACCUCCAUGGUCGUUGACUCCGUAUCAGGUCUCUAAAGAAUUUUGGGUUGUUUUAGCUGCGAGACUCGCCUUCGUUAUCGUCUUUCAGAAUGUGGUGAUGCUGAUGAGCGACAUUGUGGACUGGAUCAUACCAGACAUCCCUAAAGACAUCAGCAUUCAGAUCCAUAAAGAAAAGAUCCUGAUGGUGGAUCUGUUCAUGAAGGAGGAGAAGGGGAAGAACCUGACUGCUGGAGAUGACAAAGCAAACCAAAACAAUCUGAAACACAGUCCUGUCCUUCACCCAAGACCGCUCACACACACUCAGAGCAACUGCUACUAGUGUGUGUGUGUGUGUGUGUGUGUGUGUGUGUGUGUGUGUGUGUGUGUCAUGACAUUCCACAAAUUACACAUUAAUCAUUUGUUGAUUUUGAGGGUUUUUUAUUUAUAAAAUACAAUAUUGAAGUUAACAUGAAAAUAACUGUGUGAAAAUCUGAACAGAAUCAAAUUAAAAGGUUUUCUGUAACAGGUAACAUUCAGUGGUUGUCAUGGUUACUGGAUGUUCCUGUCAUACAGCUCAAAUUUAUGAACAUAAGUAAUAAAAUAUUUUUUACUUUACAUGAUGCUAUUUUACUCGGCUAGCGAGUUGCCAUGUUGGCAAAGGAAAGUAAAAACAGGUUAGAACUAAGUUGUAAAAGGCCAAGAGUCCUGGACUAAAGUACAAGUUUAAAUCUUUAGUACAAACAGUAUAGUUUACAGAAAAUCUAGACCUCAACAAGUCAAAUUAAUUCUUGUUAAAACAAAGUCCUCACUUCACAUUGAACUAAAGCUACACCGUGGACCAUGAAACUUAUUUCUCUGUUUAUUUCUAUAUUAUCAAUUUUUACUAUUUAACCAAACAUCUGUUCACAUCUGCUUCAUAAACAUUGGAGCUUGUACUAUUGGCCUUUUUUGAUAUUUUAAUUUAAAUGGAGCUUAUGCUUAGCAACUUCCUCUAAGUAAAAGUGAGGUGUUUAUGUUUAGGUAAAUAUUUAGUUAAUACAAUGAUCCAGAGGUGUAAUAAGUGCCAGAUGUUUGAGUUUCAAACCAGAAACAGGGCAGAGUUUAAUUUCUAUAACAGAAUCAGAGACCGUAUGCAAACAGCCACGAAUAAAAUGUCCACGAUAUGAAAUGUAGAGACAGGUUUAUUGUUUGAAAUUGGCUUUUUAUUCUUUUACAGUGAGGCUAAAGACAGUGAGAGAGAUGAAUCUUAUAAUUAUGUAAAUCACACGUUUCAUAUGAGUCUGUAUUAACUCUGCUACACAUGUACUUGUAUAUUCUACUAAACACGUCUAAAGUUCAAAUCCACCAGUGUGAAUAUUGGCAGCUAUUGUGGAUUUUUUUAGGUCUAAAACAUUUUAUUAUAAUUAUGGCUGUAUUCAAAAAGAUCGCUAAUUUUAUAUAAGAAGUACGAUAAUAACCUUUACUUCAAAAUUAGCUAUCGUAGGAAUGUGUAGCCACAUUUAAAUCUGUAAUUGCUCUUACAAAAUGUUUGUUUGAUUAUUGUACAAAUGAAUGUUUGUCUAGUUUGUAUUUGAGUGGAGCAGUUAUUCAUUAUUUACUUAUAUCAUUGUUACUGUUAUGGAAAAAAGGCUUUUAACAAAUGUUUUUAUUUAUUUAUUAUUGUUAUUGUUAUUAUUAUUAUUAUUAUUAUUAUUAUUAUUAUUAUUAUUAUUAUUAUUCAUUAUAAUUAUCAACAAAAGUAACAUUGAAUUGUACCUUUAUAUUUUAGGCCAAACCAUGAUGGAUGAUGUGGAUCUUUUAGUUUUGGAGUAAAAUUCCAAGGAUCAGUUAGUUGAUAUAAAAUGUAUUUUUUUCUUUUCAUUCUUAUUUUAAGAUUAUUUAUGUUUACAGAUUUGCCUGUAACGGUUCUGAAGUGAUUAUAACAACAUUUCUUGCUCUGAUUGCCUUAUCACAAAAACCCAGUGUAUGUUAGGGCUCUUUUAUAGUACAGUACACUUUAUAGUACAGUACACUUUGUAGUACAGAACACUUUGUAGUACAGAACACUUCAUAACGUCAUCAUUGAGAAUUAAUCUUGUAAUUAUAGAAUUCUAUAAUAGACACAAUAUAAACAUUUGUAGUAAAAUUACAAAUAAAGCCUAAAACUAAGUGUUGUCUUCUGGACUGUAUGUUAAACUGUACUGCCGAUAUGACCGUGGUGUUUUACUGUAAAACCUUCAGCUACUGUAGCCACAAUAACAGCCAUAAUGAUUCAUUCUUUCACUGAAAUUAAAGGUAAAUUAAACUGAUUAUUAGAAGAACGAAUGACCAAUUAGUCAUGCUACUGCACCACACAUUUUUCACUGGUAAAUGAAACCUCACACCGUCUGCUAACAAGCACACAUUAAAAAAUGGUUGCACAUGCUCAGAUCUGCCACCUGCAUGCUUUAUUAAAUGAAACACAGCGAAUAAUUCGGCUUCAAAUACAUAUUCCUUAAAUGAUUCCUUCAUGUGUUCGCUCUUUAAUAAAAGUGAUAAAAGUGCAAAGGAUGAGCAUAAAGGAAGGAGAAAGAUUUGUGCAGCCAAACUGCAGAAAAUAACAAAGUUUUUCUACAAACAAACAAACAAAGAAUUGCAAAAAAAUUUUUUUAUAAUUUUUUAUAGCACUUUUAACAAUGGACAUUGUCUCUGUCAGGAUCCAGAUGGACUCUGGCCAUGUGCUUUUGUUUAUGUU